CUUCAAAUUACAGUCAAUCCAACAACAGCGUUCGCAUCCUACUCUCAACAGUUAAGAGUAAAAUGUCACCGCUCUGGAUAUUCUUGGUCGUUUUCCUCGCGCCAGUGGUGAUGGCGGACGGCAAUGUGGAAGAAAAUAUCAAAGAAAUGAAAACGAUGCUCGCUCAACUGCUUACCGACGUUGGAAAAUUGAAGAAGGACGUUGACUGCGUGAAAAUCAAACAAAGGCUGGCCUUGACUACAUUGGAAAAUGAGAAAACGUAUCAUAUGUAUGCAAAGAAGCGGAGCUGGGAUGAGGCCAAGGCAUACUGCAAAAGUAAAAUGAUGGAGCUGGCGACCCCAAAGACCUCGGAGGAACUACGUUUGCUGAAGGAGAGUGUAGAAAGUAGAUAUGCUCCAGGAGAAAAAUAUUGGUUGUCUGCAACUGACGCGGGACGGCACCCAGGAAACUUCACGUGGUACGACGGAGAGGUUUUACCCAGAGACAGCCAGUUGUGGGACACACAAUACGGCGAGCCAAAUGAUUUUGGCAAGGGGAAAGCAUCUUGCGUUGCGUUAAGUUCCUACUCGUUAGAUAACUAUAAUUUGUAUGAUGUAAAUUGUUUGUCUAAAGCAUACGUAUUUUGUGAGUCGACUUCAGAAUGCCAGUAAAAAUAACCGAUAAAAUACAAGAAGCAGGUUGUUUAUUGUAUAAAAUGUUGUCA